ACCCGUCGCCGGAAAUGGCGUGAUCCGGAAGCGUCUUUCAGCUGAGAAACGGGGCUGAGGGUUUGGAAACGCAGACUUAAGGUUGAGUGUGACUGAGUUGAUUCCAGUCUGGUUUCCAGUUCGCAACGGUUUCGCUCCUCACGGGUUUUUUUUUUCUUUUUUCUUUCUCUGCGACGUGAGUGGCAUUGUCUCGCGGUGGUUUCCGUGAGCGUCGCUAAGGAAGGACCUAGGACAGGGGUGGUGGAGGCGGGGAAGACGCUCUCAACCGGCUGAGUGCAAGUUCCUCGCUCGGCGUGAGCGGCGCGUGUUUCCUGGGCGUCGGGUGGUCCCGGCACGUUGUGGGUGGUUAUUCCUUGUCCAGACGCUCACUUUAAUUCGGAAAGAAAAACCACCGUUUUCCAGCACUUCUGAAGGAGGAGAAAUAAGCAACAGGAAGAUGUCUGUUUUCCCUAAAAUAUCUUUGAGGCUUGAGGUUGAAAACUAUCUCAAAGCGGGCUUCAUGAAUAAGGAGGUUGUGUCUGCUUUAGGUAAACAAGAAGCAGAAAGGAAGUUUGAAGCUCUGUUAAGUCGCUUGUCACACCCUCCAUCGUUCACAACUGUCAGAGUAAAUACCCAUCUAGCCUCAGUGCAGCAUGUGAAAAAUCUGUUGUUUGAUGAGCUUCAAAAGCAGUUUAAUGGAUUAAGUUUUCCUGUUCUUCAGCAUCCAGAGCUGCAGGAUGUCUUACUUAUUCCUGUCAUUGGACCUAGGAAGAACAUAAAACAGCAACACUGCGAGGUUGUCGUCGGAGCCCAGUGUGGCAGCGCAGUGUUACGAGGAGCCCACGUCUAUGUUCCAGGAAUCGUGUCCGCCUCCAAAUUUAUGAAAGCUGGAGAUGUUGUUUCCAUAUACUCUGAUAUUAAAGGCAAAUGUAAGAAAGGAGCCAAAGAAUUUGAUGGAACAAAAAUAUUUCUUGGAAAUGGGAUUUCUGAACUAAGCCGCAGAGAAAUCUUCAGUGGGCUACCUGAACUGAAGGGGAUAGGCGUGAGAAUGACGGAACCAGUGUAUCUCAGCCCUUCAUUCGACAAUGUACUGCCCAGCUACUUAUUUUUACAGAAUUUGCCGUCUGCUGUGGUAGCUCAUGUUCUGAAUCCUCAGCCUGGAGAGCGGAUUCUGGAUUUGUGUGCGGCCCCUGGAGGCAAAACCACACACAUUGCGGCACUGAUGCAGGAUCAGGGAGAAGUGAUUGCGCUGGAUAAAAUAUCCAACAAAGUAGAAAAAAUAAAGCAGAAUGCGUUACUGUUGGGGCUGAAUUCCAUCAGGGCAUUUUGCUUUGAUGGAACAAAGGCCCUUAAACUUGAUGUGGUCAAGGACACAGAAGGAGAACCUCCAUUCUUACCAGAAUCUUUUGACCGAAUUCUCCUUGACGCUCCCUGCAGUGGAAUGGGACAGCGACCAAACAUGGCUUGUACUUGGACUUUGAAGGAAGUGACAUCAUAUCUGCCAUUGCAGCGAAAACUCUUUACUGUGGCAGUUCAGCUGCUGAAGCCAGGGGGCGUGCUGGUUUACAGCACGUGCACCAUCACACUGGCGGAAAAUGAAGAACAAGUGGCCUGGGCCCUCAGGACGUUCCCUUGCCUUCAGCUUCAGCACCAGGAACCCCACGUUGGAGGAGAAGGAAUGAUGGGAGCUGGCCUGUCGCUGGAACAGUUGAAACAGCUGCAGCGCUUCGAUCCAUCUGUUGUGCGAUCACAGAACACUGACAUGGAUUCUCUCAGAGACGCCAGAAUAGAAGACAUGGUUUGGCUGGCAAAUAAGGAUUGUAUAGGUUUUUUUAUUGCGAAAUUCAUAAAAUGCAAAAGCACACAGGAGAAGGAUCCUUAGAAAUGAAAAUUCCAAAUGUUUUCUGUGUGUGGUGCUUUUUUUUUUUUUUUUUUAAAAA